AACAACAUGCAACAGUUAUCGUGUAGACACUCAAAGUAAAACAUAUCACAAUGUAUGCAGUCUUGUUGAUUUCUUGCUUUUCUAUCGUGGAAGUAUACUCCGCAUCCAUACAAAAGAGGUCUUGCUCUGUGAAAAUUGAUUCCGACUUUGUGACUGAGAAGUUUCUUGGUGACUGGUACAUGGUUAAAAGAAAGCCUACAGGAGCUAAUAAGAUAAAAGUGGAGAAAUACGCGUGGCACGUGACGAAGGGGCGGGACAAUGUCCUCGACGUCAGGCAAACAGGAAGAUUUACCAUUGACGGAGUUUACAGACCCUGUUUUAACAAAAGUGCUACUCUGACUCCAGGCGACAACAAUGGAGAAUUUGUCUGGGAGUCAAAAACUAAAGUCUCAAAUGCUGACAUUGAAAUCAUCAAAAUGGAAGAAAACUUAGCGUUCGUAAACAUGUGUGUGCCGAAUAAGAAGGACGGGAAAUGUGGAUCGUUUGUCCUGGCACGAGAUGACAGUCCAAGUGAACAGGAGAUUCAAGCAAUAGAUACCGGAAUCAACACAGAGCUUUGUGAAGACAGUUCAAAGUUCGAUAACCUUAUAAAGCAAGAUAUCGAAAUAUGUCCAUAGCCUCUGGGUGUUUUCCUGCAACAUACUCGUCCUUCAUUUGUACAUAAACUUUUGUAUUUUAAUAGUUUUAGUGAAUCCAAUGUUAUCCUGUUAUUUAUAUUUAUUUUUAUUUAAUAAAUUAUAUUUUGAAUA